AUGCUGAUCGAACCUUUUCAACUUGUAGGCUUCUCCACGCGCUCAGUCGCUCCUCCCGAAGAAGACUUCCUCUCAUCAGACUUUUGGUUUGAGGCUUGGAGGUCCAUCUUGCCCUGUUUACCUCACUUUAAGCAGGCUCCUGGGAAUAAUAGUCUCGAGUCGAAUCUCGACUGGUCAUCUCUAAACCCGGCAUCUUGCUUCGUCUGGCAACCCACAACUCUGGGAAUGCCUUACACGCCCCCUUCCCAUCGCUCUCCCGCGUCCUCUGCUCCCUCAUCACCCGACGUCAGCCGUCGAUCAUCCUUUCAUGGCACGGGAUCAGUAAACGGCGGCUCACCCGCCGCUUCAUCACCUCGCCCGGCCUUGCCUCGGUCUGCAUCUUAUCUAACCAAGCACAGGCGGACGCCAUCAGCCAACGUGUCGACAUCACCAUCAGUGUCCCACUCGUCUAUGGAAAUCACUCCCCCAGGUACUUCGCUCAACCUCAAGGCCAUGGUUGCUACUCAACACAUGCCAGUCAGGCAAUCACCGCCGCCCAUUACUGACGCUAGGUCAAUGCCUGUUGGUGCCAUCAUCUCACCGCCAGACUCCCAAACCUCUAGCGAAGAUGAGGGAGCCGAAUCUGCCUUGACGAGAGGAAGACAGAUUGAGAAUCUCAAGGAGCUCAAGGACGCAAUUAGUGCUAUCCCGCAGCACCGGGCAAGCUCUCCCGACGGCAACUCGAGCGCGUCGCCUGGCGAUUUGCUCGUCUUGCCCCAACAGAGGGACCACUUGGCAGAUGCUGCGCAAGCAAACCUCAAGCUUGACACUGCACAGACUGGACAACGGCGGAUCCUGCAUAACCGUUCCAAGACGGAACCUAAUCUGAUGGCCGUUGCAAAGUCUGCUAGCGAGACUUCUGCUGCAUCAGACGAUUCGGAACUGGACGAGCCUCCAUUCAAGCCUCAAAUGGUGCGGAAAAAGUCGGGCGAACUUGUCCGCCCUGCUCUCCGGCCUGCAGCUUACCGCAGACCUUCGAGUAUGCCGGGAACGCCCACAUUUUCAAAAGCCGUCCACUUUGACUCGCAUCUGGAGCACGUGCGCCACUUUUUGCAAGUUGAUCGACCGCUCGCCGUCAGUGCUGGUUCGUCGCCAGCUGAUAACUACGAGAGCGACACCGAGUACCCAUUCGACGACAAGUCCACAACAAAAUCACCGCCUUUCGAAUGGGAGCUGGUCCUGGCCAACUUUCCCGGCGAGUCACUGCUGCGCAAGUCCUUGCCCGCUCGUGUCGAGCGAGUCUGGAUGUCCAGCGACCAAAAGUCCUUGAUUGGAUCAAUCGCCAUUGCCAACCUGGCCUUUCAGAAGCACGUUGUCUGCAGGUUCACCUUUGACUAUUGGAAGACCACCUCCGAGGUUGGUGCCGAGUACACCCACGAGAUUAGACCUAGAGAGUCGGACGGGGGCCAUGACCGGUUUCAAUUUACCAUCAAGCUGUCCGACAUGGCCAACCUCGAGGCAAAGACUCUCUUCUUCUGCAUCAAGUACACGGUCAACGGGCUCGAGUACUGGGACAAUAACAACAAUCUGAACUUUCAGGUCGACUUUCGCAAAAAGAUGCUUCCUCAAAAUGGCAAGGGCAACUUCAAGGGAGCCUCGUCGCGGCCCCUCAACUCUUUGCCGCGAAGCAACCGUCGCUCCAGCCCCUCGGCUUCUCCCCGGCCCAAGUCCAUGCCCGUGGGCAGCCUGGAUGAGUUUGGCCACGACGGCAAGUUUAUCAGCUUUGAUCAGCCCAUCCACGAGUACCUGGGCGAGCCGGAACCAACCAUGCUGCGCCUAAAGAGUUCCAAGUCCACCACCGCCCUUCCAAGCGAUAACCUGGCCAACCGGCUCUCGACGCCCAGCGGCCUUGCCUUUGCAAACCGCUACGACUUUGGCGUUUCUCUCAACGCGGCCAAGCAAGCUCACAAGGAGUCCAAGGGUAGUCCCCGCGGCGAUGGCCUGUACAUGAAGCCCAACAAGAAGGCUUCCUUUGCUACCCAGCCGGGUCUGACCAAGGAGGCUCCAUCUGGUCCUCCUGUCCCUUCCAUUGUGGCUUCCAAGGUUCCCGGAACAGAUUCGCCCAUCAUGUCCUCGGCGUCCUAUGAAGAGAUUGUCAACAAAUACUGCUUUUUCAAUGGGUCCAAGCAGACUAGCCCUCAAAUCAAGGACGGAACUCUACAAAGUGGUCGCUAUGAUGGUCCCCAUGACGGGUUCUUUACCCGCGGCACCAACAGCACCAACUCUAGUUUGGAUGGAAGCCCCGACAUGAUGUCUGCCAAGUCUCACGGCGGGUUGCACUAUACCCUGCACCAGAACCUGAGCCCAUACUUUCAGAAUCAGCACAUUGCUGUCGGUGCAUCACCUGCCGAGUCGCCUCUCGGCGGGCCUACUACGGCCGUGCGCCACACGCUCAGUCCUGCACCCGUUAUCAAGGCCGAUACGCCUACACCAGCACCCAUGACCGCUGGGUUCAGCCCCCUUGCUGGUACGUCGCCAAGCGUCACAGUCGAUGCAGCUCCCUUUAUGGUUCAGGACCGCUUUCCUUUUGCAACAGAAGCUCAUUCUCGGCCAGCAAUUAGGGGUUAA